AUGAAGAAUGUUGAGCUUAUGGCAUCGGUUAUGUGGACCAUUUGGCACUGUCGAAAUCAGGUACAAACCUCAUCCAAAGAGUACCCGUUGUCACAAGUAAUAUCAGCAGCUUCACAGGCUUUAGCCACUUUCCACGACUCUAUUUCUGUCACCCCAAAACAGAGCCUACACAAUGUACCAACUCAGAUAAGGUGGUCUCCUCCCUCGGUGGGAACGGUCAAGGUAAAUUUCAGCAGGGCCAUAUUCAAAGAUAUACGGAAAGUAGGCAUCGGAAUGAUUGUUCGUGACAGCAACGGGCAAGCAAUAGCCUCUCUGUCCGAACAAACUAGCCUACCUUUUUCCCCGGAGAUAGCUGAAGCUAUGGCCGCAACAAGGGCGAUAUCUUUUGUACAAGACCUUGGUUUCACUUCUUUCAUCUUGGAAGGCGAUUCAGUUAACGUAAUAAACACCUUGAACUCAGAUGAGAAGUCCCUAUCUAACUAUGGUCAUGUACUCAGCUCAGCAAAAUCCAUGUUGGUGGCAAGCAGUUGUGUUUCAUUCUCCCAUGUUCGCCGUGCGGGUAAUUGUGUAGCGCACAACCUAGCUAAACAUGCUAGACAUGUUAGAGGUUUUACAGUGUGGACUGAAGAUGUUCCUCCACACCUGAAUUCUGUAUUUCUCGCCGACCAUGACUAA